AUGGCUGACAAUCUUGGAUCUGAACUCGAUGAUGAUGGCGUGGAUAGAGAGGUGAUUCGUGUAUUAGAACAAGGGUUUGGACCCGACAAGACAGUGGAUCUUUCUGGGCGUCAAUUAAGGUUUCUGCCUGAGGCCUUUGGGAAACUUCAUGGCUUGCUUCUUCUUAAUCUUUCCCAUAAUCAGCUCGAGGUCAUUCCCGACUCGAUUGCUGGACUUCAGAAACUGAAGGAGCUCAAUAUGUCGUCGAACCUUCUGGAUACAUUGCCAGACUCGAUCGGCUUGUUGGUUAAUCUCCAGGUUUUGAAUGUCUCAGGAAAUCAACUGAAUAAACUGCCCGAAAGCAUUGCUGGUUGCAGGUCAUUGAUUGAAUUGGAUGCGGGGUUCAAUAACUUGAAGUUUUUGCCAAUGAACAUGGGUUACGGACUGGUGAGUCUUCAGAAAUUGUUGAUUCCCUUGAACAAAAUACGAGCUCUUCCAAACUCAAUCUGUGAGAUGAAAUCAUUGCGAAACUUGGACGCUCAUUUCAACGCACUCCAUGGAGUACCCCUCGGAAUUGGGAAACUAACAAAUCUUGAGGUCUUAAAUCUGAGCAGAAACUUCAGUGAUUUGACGGAAUUACCUGAAACGAUCGGUGAUCUUAUCAACCUGCGAGAGCUUGAUCUCAGUAACAACCAACUCCGAGUUCUGCCAGAGACGAUUUACCAGCUUCAGAACUUACGUAUUCUUAAUUUGGAUCAGAAUCCACUUAUUAUUCCUCCACGAGAAAUUAUAAGCCAAGGAGUCGAAACUAUCAAGGAAUAUAUGAUGAAGAGACGACUUGAGAUUCUACAGGCCGAACACCAGAGAAGUUUGGAUGAAGAAAAUAAGGAAACUCAGACAGGAUGGAUGGCAUGGGGUUCGUCCAUGCUACAUAGGGUAUAUUCCGGGACUUUGCAGACUACUUCGGGAUAUCUUGGCGGAGGAAAUGUCACCAAAGACCCGUUGUUCGACCAGCAGUUGUGA